AUGUUGUCCACGUCAACACUCCUCCUCAUCCUCCUCACAACCCUCACAAUGCACAUCCAAGCCACCCCCCUCCCCAUCCGCAUCCUAACCCACAACAUCCGCUACGCCACCCCCUCCCCCUUCAAAGGCGAAAACCCCUGGCCAGACCGCAAGCCCCUCAUCCUAUCCGAACUGCACUACCACACCCUCCACAACCCCCAGUCCUUCAUCUGCCUACAAGAAGUCCUGCACGAGCAGCUCCUCGACAUAAUGGCCGGCCUAGGCCCCUCGUGGAGCUACAUCGGCGUCGGGCGCGACGACGGCAAGCAAGCCGGCGAAUACAGUCCGAUACUUUUCCGCACCGCUGUUUGGAGCGUCGAGACUUGGAGGACGGUCUGGUUGAGUCCUACGCCUGGUGUGCCGUCGAGGGGGUGGGAUGCGGGGAGUAUCCGCAUUGUUACUGUGGGCGUGUUUGUGCAUUGUCAGAGUAAGAAUAGGGUUUUGGGAUUGUCUACGCAUUUUGAUAAUGAGGGGGAGGUUUCAAGGCGUGAGUCUGCAGAGAUUAUACUCGGUUUGGUUGCGGACUACGCGCUCCCUGUUUUCCUGGCCGGCGAUCUGAAUAGCGAGCCGGAUGGCGAUGCGCAUCGGCUUCUUAGUGCGGAGGAGUCGCCGCUUAGGGAUGCGAGGGUGGGCGCGGAGUGGAGGUAUGGGGAGGGGGCUACGUACUACACGCUCGCGAACCCGGAUACCUUGACCAAGUACAAGGUAGCCGCAGAAAUCUCCCAAAAGGUCCUCAAAGAGGUCUCAGGAUGGUGCACCGAAGGCGCCAGCAUUGUCGAGCUCUGUGAGCGCGGCGACAAGCUUCUGGAAGAGGAGGUGGGCAAGGUUUACAAGGGCAAGAAGGUGCGCAAGGGUGUUGGACACUGCACGACCGUCUCCCCGAGCUCCUACAUCACCCCAUACACGCCGCUCAAGUCCGACGCCGAGGAGUCCACAGCCGCACUGAAGUCUGGAGAGGUCGUUAAGAUCCAACUGGGCGCCCAGAUCGAUGGAUUGUGCACAAUCGUCUGCGACAGUGUGAUCGUAGGCAGCACCGAUGAGGUCACUGGAAGGGAGGCAGAUCUCAUCUUGGCCACAUACUACGCGAACGAGCUUCUGCUGAGGCUGAUGGUACCGCCAGGGCUGGUCGCUUCAGGUGAUGAGGAGGAACAGAAGAAGGCUUCCGCGAAAAAACCCUACACCCAGAGCCAGAUUACCCACAUGCUCGAGAAGGUCGCCAAGGCAUACGAGUGCAACAUCGUCGAGAGCACAACCAUCUGGCAAUUCGAGCACAACGAGAUUGAGUCCAAGAAGAAGAUUAUUCUGUCGCCAGGUGAUGGCGUCAAGGGCGAUGGUCUGCCUGAAGUCGGCGAUGUGUGGGGUGUUGAGAUCGGUGUCAGUCUAGGAAGCGGCAAGGUCAAGAACAACGGCAACAGGACUACGCUCCACCGACGCACAGCCACGACUUACCAGCUCAAGCGCCCCACCUCGAGGUCCCUUCUGUCGGAGGUCGUUAAGAAGUUCGGCACUUUCCCCUUCAGUCUGCGACAGCUCGAAGACGAGAAGGCCGCCAAGGUCGGUGUUGUCGAAUGCGUUCGCACUGGUGUAUUCCGCCAGUACGAUGUCGUUGUCGACAAGGACAGCAAGCCUGUUGCGAGAUUGUUCAGCACUGUUGCCAUCACCAAGAACGGCCUGCAGCGUCUGGCUCAGCCCCCAGCGUUGGAUACCUCAAAGUACAAGUCUGACAAGAAGAUCGAGGACGAGGAGAUUCUCAAGAUCCUUGAGCAACCCCUUGGCAAAGCAACCACCAAGAAGAAUAAGAAGAAGAAGAAGAAGCCCUCCAAGAAGGCUGCUGCGCCAGGAGAGGCCGCUGCGGAGGAAGAGGAAGAGGAAGAGGACGAGGAGGUCUCUCACGUUGCCAUGCCGGCCCUCCGCAAAAGUGGCCGAGCCGGGCCCAGGACGAGCACCACCCCGUACGCCUCCCCCACGGCCACUCCAGGCGAACCGGCGAGAGAAAAGUCGCAGCGAUCCAUCAUGGAGUGGGCUGAGCCGACGCCCCAGCUGCUCGCGCCCUCGUUCGAAGAGCAUGGCUUUGCGCGGCACGGCGUGCUGGAGACCAUGGCCCCCCUCGGCGUGCCGCCGUCCUCCAAGGUGAAGCAGCGCGCACGCGCCAUGGGCGACCCGGCUGCACGACGCUCGUUCCUGGGCAAGGGCAUCACGGCCAUGGGCGAGGAGGCUGGGUCGACGCCAGAGGUCACCCCUGCCCCCGAGCUCGAGCGCGACGACUCGGAGCGCCCAGACGAGGACGAGCUGCCGCCAGACUUUGUGCUCCAUGACGAGGACGAGGAUGACGACUACGUGCCUGCGAAGAGCAAGAAGAAGGUGCAGGUGUCCAAAACGCCAGUCAGGGGCAAGACCCCCGGCGACAGCAAGACACCCGUCAAGGCCAAAUCGCCUGCCAAGAACGGCACCAGUAAAGCUGCAUCGGUCCCGCCUAGCCCAGCAGUGGAGGCGUCUCAGCAACCGUACUCCGUCAAGGAGGACGCGCAGCGCAUGACUGCUGCUGUCAACGACGCCGUGAUUCGCGCCAACAUGGACAAUAAGCACCACGUUGGUCUUGCUCUGUUGCAGAUGUUUCAGCAGAGCAAAUCAGAUGCGUCGCUAGCAGUUAUCAUGGAGGCAGUCAUCCAUCAGAAAUUCACCGAAGAGCAGUGGAACACCUUUCGCAUAUGCAUCAAAGGCAUCAGGAAGCAACUAAGAAACCGGGAUAAAUUACAGAGAGCACGCGAAGACCGCGACGGUCAACAAUCUACCGGAAUCUAUGGAGCAUCGAGUGUGAGCCAACAGCCCUCGGUGAGGGCGAGCAGUGAGCUAGCGCCUGACGACUCAGCCUCCGCAGCAGGCGACCAGUACCCAGCUCUUCAGUCGUCUAUCGAACGGGCAUUCGCGCCUGCGCCACUCCACCCGCUCUCUACCGCUCCCGCUCUUCCCAUGAUAGACUCCUCAGCCGAAUCAACGCCAAGGAUGCCUUCGAAAUCACCCCGGAAGCGACCGGCCACAAACGGCCAUCUGGCGCCAGGAUUCGAGAUGGAUAUCGAUGGAGUCGCAUCCACUACAGCACCAACCCCAGCAGCAAAGACGCCAGAUACAGGCGCUGGAAGCGAUUCUGAGCUCUCGGAUGUCAACGAAGAAAUUGUCCAGAAAGGUCCACCAGAGCCUGUGCAGGUCAACGGCAAGACUACUACCACGACGCCCGCCACCGCACCAAAGAAAGGGAAGAAUAUCGCGGCUGCCCGUGCCGCCAAGAAACCUAAGGGGAACGCAGGGAAGCUCUUCGGCAAACAUGCAAACAAACCACAGCCGUUGACAGCCGAGCAAAUUGCGGAAGAUGAGCGAGUCUAUGAAGAGCGCCAGCGAAUGGUACUGGAUCAGCCGUUGCGCAAGUUUGACCAUGCUUUUCCAAUAUCUGAUGUUCGCUUUGACGACGAGAUCCUCGAAACAGAAUCCUUGACCGAGUCGCAGAUUGCGGUGGGACCACCUGUCGAUUCUGAUCAACCGAGACGCGCUGGACGAGUUCCUCAUCAUGGUACGAAGCGCCUGCGAGAGGACGCUUCCCGGUUCUCAUCGCCUCAGCUCGAAUCAGCUGCAGUGACGCGACCGUCAACGCCAGCUGUUGCUCCAGCUCCCAAACGGCUGAAGCUCACCCAUGGCCAGGCUGCCAGAACAAAGCGAUCCCCGGUUAAGAAUCGUGAGGGUCAACCUAUUGCUGGAAGAGCGUUUAACAGUGGUGGCGGUCCGAGACAGCUGGGGCCUGAUGACAAUGAUCCAAACUCGCCACAGUCUGAGAGCGACGACCUUUGCUCUGCCUGCAGAGGUGCAGGCGAGUUUGUCUGCUGCGAAGGCUGUCCGCGCGUUUUCCAUCUUCUAUGUUGCGAUCCACCGCGUAUCCAAGUACCUGAUGGGUCAUUUUAUUGUUACGAAUGCACUGCCAAGCUGGGUCCGCCCGAAGACCCAACCGCCGAAUCUCGUUCAAGUCUUGGGCCACUCUUCAAAUCACUGGAGCGCAGCAAUCCGCGCGCGUUCGCCCUGCCACAGGAUGUUCAGACGCAUUUCGAAAACGUCACUGCGCGAGCUGAUGGGUCGUACUUUGAGGAGAUGAAGAAGUUCCCGUUGGCUAAAAACAGUGGUUAUGGAUAUCAGCGGCCCGACUACACAAAAGCGCUUGACAGCGACCACAAGCCUAUCUUGUGCGUCCAGUGUGGUGUGUCGAGCGGUAAUAAGCGCCAGAUGCUCAAGUGCGACUUCUGUCCUGCCCACUGGCAUUUGGACUGUCUUGACCCGCCCCUCGCUAACCCGCCACACAUCAGUCUUGAAGCAUCGCAGCGAGACGCGUGGAGAUGUCCGCGCCACAUCGAACAUGACCUUCGCAGCGGCUUGCUGAUGCAGAAAGAUCUGAAUGAGCCGGAUAAUGAUGUUGACAUGGACGGUGUCACGCCGCUUAUCCGGGUUGCACGCAAGAUCCGGAAGCCCAGGGAACCUGAGGUCAUCGAGCCUACCUUCUCACGUGGGAUGCGCAACAAUGGCCUGAUAGAAAUCAUUAAUGAUCCUGACGAUGAUACUGAUGGCGAAGGUAACUACGUCUUUGGACCGGAUGACUCUAAGGACCUCAACUCCAAGGUCUUCCGCGCUCCCGAGAAGGGCAUCGUGCUCGACUUCGUCAGCAAAGUCAAGCGGGCUCGUAUUGUGAGGGAUUAUGAAGCGCGAAAUGUCUCAAAGGCUGCUGCUGCACGGCGAAAGGCGUCCAUGCAGGACUUUGUCUCUCGCCCCAUCAAGCAACAACAGGCAGCACUCAAUCUGGCACGGCUAGCAAAUAAGGAGGAGGACAUUGGCCUGAGCGAGGGCAAUAUCGAUGCGCUCAUCCUCAGCCUUACCGCCGAAGCUCCCAACGAUGUCAUCACGGCCCUCUCCACCGCUGCUCCUCCGCCCGUCAUCGAGAACGAGCGCGCUCAAUUGUUGCUACUCCAGGAACUUAUUCAGCGCCGUCUGAAUGGUUGA